GCGGGCGCGAGGGCAGGCGUAGCCGGAGUGGUCGCGCCUGCGUCGACCGCCGCCCCGCGGCUUUCGUCUCCGCACGUCCCCUCCCUCUCCGCCGGGACGCGGGAGAGCCCGGCGCGCGACUGGGGCGCGAGGCGGAGCGGGCGGGGGCGGCCAAUGCGAAACUGGCUGGUGCUGCUGUGCCCGUGUGUGCUCGGGGCCGCGCUGCACCUCUGGCUGCGGCUGCGCUCCCCGCCGCCCGCCCGCGCCUCCGGGGCCGGCCCGGCAGAUCAAUUGGCCUCAUUUCCUCAGUGGAAGUCUAGUCACUAUGAUGUGGUAGUUGGUGUGUUGUCUGCUCGCAAUAACCACGAACUUCGAAAUGUGAUAAGAAGCACCUGGCUGAAGCAUUUAAUACAACAUCCAUCAUUAAGUCAACGUGUGCUUGUGAAGUUUAUCAUAGGAGCUCAUGGCUGUGAUGUGCCCGUGGAAGACAGGGAAGAUCCUUAUUCCUGCAGACUGCUCAACAUCACGAAUCCGGUUUUGAACCAGGAAAUUGAGGCUUUCAGUCUUUCUGAAGACACUUCAUCAGGAAUUUCUGAGGACCGAGUUGUCAGCGUGAGCUUCCGAGUUCUCUACCCCAUUGUUAUUACCAGUCUUGGGGUGUUUUAUGAUGCCAGUGAUGUGGGUUUCCAGAGGAACAUCACGGUCAAGCUUUAUCAGGCAGAACAAGAGGAGGCUCUCUUCGUGGCCCGUUUCAGCCCCCCGAGCUGCGGCGUGCAGGUGAACAGGUUGUGGUACAAGCCCGUGGAGCAGUUCAUCCUACCCGAGAGCUUUGAAGGUACCAUCGUGUGGGAGAGCCAAGACCUCCAAGGCCUCGUGUCAAGAAAUCUCCACAAAGUGACUGUGAAUGACGGCGGCGGUGUUCUCCGCAUCAUUACGGCUGGGGAGGGCGCCUUGCCCCACGAGUUCAUGGAAGGUGUGGAGGGAGUGGCCGGUGGUUUUAUUUACAACAUUCAGGAAGGUGACGCACUCUUACAAAACCUCCAUUCUCGCCCUCGAAGACUUCUUGACCACAUAAGUAACCUCCACAGGGAAGACGCCCUACUGAGGGAGGAAAGCAGCGUCUAUGACGACAUUGUUUUUGUGGAUGUCGUGGACACUUACCGAAAUGUCCCUGCGAAAUUGCUGAACUUCUACAGAUGGACCGUGGAAACCACCAGCUUUGACUUACUGCUGAAGACAGACGACGACUGUUACAUAGACUUGGAGGCUGUAUUUAAUAGGAUUACCCACAAGAAUCUGGACGGGCCUAAUUUUUGGUGGGGAAAUUUCAGACUGAACUGGGCCGUGGACCGAACCGGCAAGUGGCAGGAACUGGAGUACCCCAGUCCUGCCUACCCAGCCUUUGCCUGCGGCUCGGGGUACGUCAUCUCCAGGGACAUCGUGCACUGGCUCGCCGGCAACGCGGGCAGACUGAAGACCUAUCAGGGUGAAGAUGUGAGCAUGGGCAUCUGGAUGGCAGCCAUAGGACCUGCGCGCUACCAGGACGGCCUGUGGCUGUGUGAGAAGACGUGUGAGACGGGAAUGCUGUCCUCCCCGCAGUACUCGCCCCAGGAGCUGGCGCAGCUGUGGCAGCUGAAGGAACUAUGUGGGGAUCCUUGUCAGUGCGAAGCAGCAGCGGGAGGGUUUUAACUUGCUGUGCUGGAGGAGGACGGUACGCCUGAGAGCAGCUGGGGUCAGUCGGAGGGGAGCCCGCAGUUAGGCAACAGGCACUGUGGUCUUUCCAGAUAGUUCUAGGUUGGCACUUUUUACCUGAAACCAAUGUGAUAUUUCUAAAUGUUUGCACAAAAUUUCCUUUUUAAAAAUCAACUGAUACUGUACAUAAAAAUUUUAUUUCCAUAUUGGAAGACCAUUUGAAAAACAUCAAAUUGUUUUAUAAAACAUGUUUCUAAAACCUGAGGUAUCCUUUCUAGUUUAUAAUUCAUUACAUCACUUUUGGUUAAAAUUGGCCUCGUUCAGAAAUCUAGUAACUAAGAAUGUGAAUUCCAGCCUGGAUUACAGAAUGGCUCUGUGCGGCAUAAUUAGGAUCAUGAAGGGCCAAAAACAACUCACAGAAUGCUGUGUGGUCACUUAUACCAAAGUUUGGGAAUGGAAAUGGUCUGAAUGAAGUGGGCAACUGGAAAAGAAACCCAUAUAAGUCUCAGUUCUGGAACUUGGUUUUAAAGGUCACUUAUUAAGUGAGCUAAUUUCAGUUUUCUUUUGCUGUUUAACAUAAAGCCUGAAGGUCACAGUCUAGUACUAUUUAAAAAAAAAAAAAAAAAAAAAGCUAAAAUUCUGUGGCUAUAAAUCAGAUACCCAGCGUUUCUUUUCUGCUUUAAUUUGCUUUUUGGUAUAAAUCAGAUACCUCUCUGGGUUUUAGUGACAUAGGGAAGGAUAGUGCUAAGUAGCAGACACUUUAAAAGAAUGAAUUUUUCUUUCCUCCCGUCAUUGCAUAAUGUUUACCUAAUAUGAGUGAACUCCGAUCAGAGAUGGAAAUCUUCUGUAGGAUAUAUGCCCAGCUUAGGUACAACUGCAGGGAAAAGCAUGUAAUGAAUUUUUGUAAGUACUCUAAAAACAGGGUAAUGGAGGGAAGAGAUCACAGCACACAUUACAUAUAGAAAAUGCCUAAGUUUAAGCGACAUUUCCCAAAGUGACCGUCCAAAUCAUUUUGCUAAUUUUAUAAGCUCGUAGUAUCCAUAGAGUUCCAUUAGAACUGGUCCUAUGACCAACAUUAACUGUGUUCAGAUUUCAUUAGACUAGCUAGGUUCUAUUUAAUAUUUAAAUCUCCACAUAUGGAAAUGUAUAGUCACGAAAUAUGAAAUAAAAUCAGAAAAUCA